GCAGCAUUCCGGGUGGAGAGUGUGAGAGAAAGAGAAAGACAGAAGAGAUUUUAAGGCCGUACACUUUAUAGUUAAAACCAGAAAUACUCUCGGCUGUAUGUCCUGAUAGGCUGUGGAGUUUAAGCAGGAUAUGGGCUCUCCAGGCCAGAUCCCGGGACAAAUCAUGGAGCUCUAAGCUAGCUCUCUCCAUCCGUCUCUGUUUGCUGCCUUGUACACCGCUCGCCAAAACCUGCUCCACUACCCCUGCUGUAGCGGUUUGGCUCUGACUCCUUCAAGAGAAGAAAAAACCCAAGUGGGACGGAGCGGUAAACUUUCCCCAGCUGCUGUCCAGACACACACAUGCUGCAUUGCUGCCAUUCCCCAAGCCCUGCUCCAUCCAUCUCCAGGGCACAGCCACUAGCUUGCUGGUGAGCUAGCACUUUGCACAAACACAAGGCCUGUCCUCGGGGAUAAAAAUACAAGCAGGCUGCGUGCAUCGCCUCUUUCUUUUAUCUCCCUUUUCCGGGUCACCCUGCCACACUCUCGCUAACUGGGGCUCCUUUUGUUGAGCUGUCAUUCCUGCUGCUUUGAGCGGCGGAGGAUUGCUCGUAGCUCGACAGCCAGUCAUUCAUUCAUAGAGACAGGCUGAGGAGGCCACAGAGGUCGGUUAGCAGAGGCCAGGAUGAUGGAGCCCAGCAUGGAGAACUGCCUGGCUCAGGUCCUGCAGAAAGACAUGGGUCGACGGCUGCAGGUGGGGCAAGAGAUCAUUGAAUACAUUUUAGACAAAGAGAAGUCCCACGACCUGGAGCAGGAUCAGACUGCACUGGACAAGAUGGUUGAUGGCAUCGCCAGCUCCUGGGUCAACUCCAGCAACUUCAAGGUGGCUCUGCUGGGUUUGGACCUCUUAUCUGCCUUAGUGACACGGUUACAAGAGAGAUUUAGGGCCCAGGUGGGAACAGUUCUGCCCAGCCUUAUCGAUCGAUUGGGAGAUUCAAAAGACCAAGUGCGAGAACAAGAUCAAACAUUGCUGCUAAAGAUCAUGGAACAAGCUGCCAGCCCACAGUACGUUUGGGACCGAAUGCUGGGAGGCUUCAAACACAAGAACAAUAGGACCAGAGAAGGAGUGUGCCUUUGUCUCAUCGCCACGCUGAACACAUACGGAGCUCAAGGCCUGACCCUCAGUAAAAUUGUGCCCCAUAUAUGUAACCUCUUGGGGGACCCUACAAGUCAGGUACGUGACGGUGCCAUGAGCUCCCUGGUGGAGAUCUACAGACACGUGGGUGAGAGGGUGAGGAUGGAUCUCAGCAAAAAGGGCCUUCCACAGUCACGGUUGAAUGUAAUCUUCAGUAAAUUUGAUGAAGUCCAAAGAUCUGGGAACAUGAUCCCUUCCUCUGGCUCAGAUAAGAACUUCGAGGAUGAAGACUCUGUGGAUGGAGGCCGGUCCUCCUCCUCUUCUUCAUCCAAGGCCCCCCCUACUGGCAGGAGGACUGUAAUGAGCUCCGUCAGAAGACCCAGCUCGGCUACAGCUAAAGCUUCAGGUAAAGAAGCAGCUGCAGGUGCUGUUGAUGAAGAGGAUUUCAUUAAAGCCUUUGAAGAUGUCCCCUCAGUCCAGAUCUACUCAAACAGAGAGUUAGAGGACCAGCUGACUAAGAUCAGAGAAGUGCUGUCUGAUGAUAAACACGACUGGGAGCACCGAGUGGCUGCGCUAAAGAAGGUCCGUUCUCUCAUGCUGGCUGGAGCAGCAGAGUAUGAGGGUUUCCCUCAGCAGCUGCGUCUCCUGGAGGCUCCCUUCAAACUGUCGGCUAAAGACCUGCGCUCACAGGUGGUCAGAGAAGCCUGCAUCACGCUGGGACAUUUAUCGUCUCUGCUGGGAAACAAGUUUGACCAUGGAGCGGAGAGCGUCAUGCCCACACUGCUGAACCUCGUCCCUAACAGUGCCAAAGUCAUGGCCACGUCUGGAACGGCCGCCAUCCGCCUCAUCCUCAGGCACACACACUAUCCACGUCUCAUCCCCAUCAUCACCAGUAACUGCACCUCCAAAUCAGUAGCAGUCAGACGACGCUGUUAUGAGUUCUUGGAUCUCAUGUUACAAGAGUGGCACACUAAUACACUGGAAAGACAUGUGGCUGUUUUGACUGAGACCAUCAAGAAAGGCAUCCAUGAUGCAGACUCUGAGGCACGAUCCAUCGCAAGAAAGUGCUACUGGGGUUUCCAUGGUCACUACAGUCGGGAAGCAGAGCACCUUUUCCAGGCGUUGGAGUCGACCUAUCAGAAGGCCCUGCAGUCUCACCUUAAGAGCUCCGACAGCAUCGUGUCUCUGCCACAGUCCGACCGCUCCUCCUCGUCUUCACAGGAGAGUCUGAACCGGCCGUUGUCUCUGAAGAGCGUCAUUGGAGGGAGCAUACCAAGAAGUAAACUUGUGAGCACCAGGGUGCCUAGCACACCAGGUUCCCUGCAACGCUCUCGCAGUGACAUCGAUGUUAAUGCCGCCUCCAACGCCAAAUCCCGUCUGUCCACUGUCCCUGCUUCCUCUCCAUUCAGCUCUGCAGCUGCCCUCCCCCCGGGGUCCUAUGCCUCUUUAGAUGGCACUCCUGGUAAAAGUGAUGGUCGAGUUCGUACCAGGAGACAAAGCUCAGGCAGCGUGGGUGGGGCCAGUUCUUCAAUGGUGGACAGCAGGGGACGCAGCCGAGCCAAAGUUGUCUCACAGUCCCAGCGAUCCAGAUCAGCCAAUCCCAUCAGUGCUGGCAGUCGCUCCAGCUCCCCAGGAAAGCUGCUCGGCCACAGCAGCUACGGCCGGAUCCCUCGGGCAACAGUGUCAGCCUCCAGCACACCAGCAGACAAACGCAGCAGGAUCCCUCGCAGCCAAGGAUGCAGCCGGGAGACCAGCCCCAGCCGAAUGGGCCUAGCCAGCCUGUGUGGUAAAGUUCUUCUUCCUGCUGCUCUUCCCUACCGCACGCUAGCCCGGAGCCGUAUUCCCCGUCCCAGCAUGAGUCAGGGCUGCAGUCGCGACACCAGUCGCGAGAGCAGCCGCGACACCAGCCCCGCUCGGGGCUUCGCUCCUCUGGCCUCCCGACGUCACUCCCGUUCAACCAGCGCUCUCUCCACAGCUGACCCCCACAGCCAGUCAGAUCGAUAUGGUUUGAUUCACCAGGCAAGGAUCUCUGCAUCAGUAAAUGCCAUGAGGGUCCUAAACACCGGCACAGAGGUGGAGGCAGCUGUUGCUGACGCUCUGCUUUUAGGAGACUCCAGGAAUAAGAGGAAGCCUUUGAGGCGGAGGUACGAGUCACCAGGGAUGUACUCAGACGAUGACGCUAACAGCGAUGCCUCCAGUGCCUGCUCAGAGCGCUCAUACGGCUCCAGGAAUGGAGGCAUUCCUCAUUACCUCCGGCAGACAGAGGACGUGGCUGAGAUCUUGAACCACUGCGCCAGCUCCAAUUGGUCAGAGAGGAAGGAGGGCUUGCUGGGCCUGCAGAAUCUGCUCAAGAGCCAAAGAAUACUGAGCCGAGUGGAGCUGAAGCGACUUUGUGAAAUCUUUACCAGGAUGUUUGCGGAUCCUCAUAGCAAGCGAGUGUUCAGCAUGUUUCUGGAGACUCUGGUGGACUUUGUCACAGUGCAUCGGGAGGAUCUGCAGGACUGGCUCUUUGUGCUGCUCACUCAGCUGCUGAAGAAGAUGGGGGCAGACCUGCUGGGUUCAGUCCAGGCCAAAGUCCAGAAGGCUCUGGAUAUCACAAGGGAGUCCUUCCCGUUUGACCAACAGUUCAACAUUUUGAUGAGGUUUAUUGUGGAUCAGACUCAGACACCCAAUCUCAAGGUGAAGGUGGCCAUUUUGAAGUACAUCGAGUCCCUGGCUCGGCAGAUGGACCCGACAGACUUUGUGAACUCCAGCGAGACACGCCUGGCUGUAUCACGAAUCAUCACCUGGACCACAGAGCCAAAAAGCUCUGAUGUCAGGAAGACCCUUCAUAACUGGGUGAGCGAGGAGCUAGCUGGCAGGUCCAGUUCUGCAGCCUUACUGUCCUGUGAGGGUAACCAGGAAGACAGGUGUAAGCAGGCGGCUCAGGUGGUGCUGAUCGCUUUGUUCGAGCUCAACACCCCAGAGUUCACCAUGCUGCUGGGAGCUCUGCCUAAAACCUUCCAGGAUGGAGCCACCAAACUGCUGCACAACCACCUGAAGAACACCAGCAACACUAGCAGCAGCGUGGGGUCACCGAGCAACACCAUUGGUCGGACACCUUCACGCCACACCCCCAGCAGAACCAGCCCACUCACCUCUCCAACAAACUGUUCUCAUGGAGGACUGUCUCCAAGUCGGUUAUGGGGUUGGGGUGUCGACGGACUUUCAAAGCACCCCCCUGCCCCUCCUCCUCCUCAGCCCCACUCCACCCCUGCUGCCCCCUCCCUAAGGGUCCUGCGCAGAGCAUAUUCACCCAGCAUGAUGGAGUAUGACACUGAGAACAUGAACUCUGAAGAGAUCUACAGUUCUUUACGUGGUGUCACAGAGGCCAUCCAGAGCUUCAGCUACAGGAGCCAGGAGGACCUGAACGAGCCGAUCAGACAAGAGGGGAAAAGAGACGAUGCAGCAGGACGAGAAGGCGUAGCUUCCUCUCCUGGCUCGGAUGCGCGUCUGGGCUUGGACGUAGUUGAAGGAGGUCGCACCGCCCUAGACAAUAAAACCUCACUACUCAACACGCCAUCGCCUCGCUCAUUCUGUGGCCCGCGAAGCAGAGAGUUCGCUCCUUACGGCUACGGUGAAACUAUCUGCACGUAUGACAAGAGCGCCCUGAAGGAGGCUGUAUUCGACGAUGAUGUUGAGCAGUUCAGAGACUGCCGACGUCAGGAAAGUGGCGAAAACAAGAUGAUGCCCCCCAAGGUCUUUGCUCCCGUUAAAGUCGUUCAGGACCAUUCAGACAUGGUAGCAGAUCUGCUGAAGGAGCUGUCCAAUCACAACGAGCGUUCUGAGGAGCGUAAAGGCGCCCUGGUGGAGCUGCUGAAGAUCACACGAGAAGAUAGCAUGGCUGUGUGGGAUGAACACUUUAAAACCAUCCUCCUCCUGCUGCUGGAGACACUGGGGGAUAAAGAUCACACAAUCCGAGCUUUGGCCCUACGAGUGCUAAAAGAAAUUCUGAGGAACCAGCCGGCCCGUUUCAAGAACUACGCUGAGCUCACCAUCAUGAAGACCCUGGAGGCUCACAAAGACUCUCACAAGGAGGUGGUGCGUGCAGCAGAAGAGGCAGCGUCCACCCUGGCUGGCUCCAUCCACCCAGAGCAGUGCAUCAAGGUACUCUGUCCUAUAGUGCAGACAGCCGACUACCCCAUCAACCUGGCUGCUAUCAAGAUGCAAACCAAAGUCAUUGAGCGCAUCGCCAAGGACUCCUUACUGCAGCUGCUGCCUGACAUCAUCCCCGGACUUCUGCAGGGCUAUGACAACACAGAGAGCAGUGUUCGCAAGGCCAGCGUGUUCUGUCUGGUGGCUAUCUACUCCGUGAUUGGCGAGGAUCUCAAACCCCACCUGGCACAGCUCACGGGCAGCAAGAUGAAGUUACUGAACCUGUACAUCAAACGAGCCCAGACGACCAACAGCAAUAGCAGCAGUUCCUCAGACGUAUCCUCACACAGUUAAUCGAGGGAGGAUGGACCGCAGUCGGGGAUUUCCUGUCACUUCUUUCAGAUCUCUGAGCUUCUCCUCUUUAUCAUAACUCCACACAAGCUCCACUACACACUCCUCCUGACUCAAGGAGACUAUUUCAGCUGCCUGUUUGUCGUUUGGUUUUCCUUCCUCAUCUUUUCUCCUGGAAAUUUUGAAUGUAACUGAGGAUCGUUUUUUGACUCUUAAACGGGGGAGUCAACACAUAUGGAGUCUUUCUGGCUACUGGAAUUACCUUAUUUUAACUCCUCCACAUCUUCACACCGCCUUUUAUUCAAAGAAAUCCUUCAUGACACCAUGAGAGGAGGAGAUGUUAUUUCUGUUGGGAUUACUUUGGGAUGAAAUGUCAUUUGGCUGGACCAGUGAUGGUGAAAAGCGCUGAAUGAAUUGGGUACAAUUCUGGUUUAGGGAGCAUAAAAACCAAAUAUUAAGAGAAAAAUAGAACAUUUAUGUUUGAGGGAACAUAGUGGUAGAAAAUGUGAGCAGUUUUGGUUCAUUUUUAAGUCAACUGGUCCGGAUUUUGACUCUUCAAAGCCUGUAGGCUAUAUCAACUGUAUUAUUUGUAAGGCUUAUUUGUUAUUUAAUCAGUUAUAUGCCCAAUCAGUAAAGGUGUUAUUACAUUCAAGUUGCCAAAAGUUAAAUUUUCAGCAACAGAAUUGACAAUCCUUCAAAUUCUGUGCAGAUGUUUUCAGAUGAAAUUGCUGUAUGCACAAUUCUAGUAGAAAGUUUAAAUUGAGUUGAUGUAAAGUUGCCUGUAUUUUCAUGCUGAAAAUACUUUGAUUUAUCGAACAGUGCUUCUUGUUCCAGUUGCUUUCAAAUCCAGUUGCCUGUUGGUUGCCAGUUUGUGGCAUCUUAUUCUGUAAAUCUUUGAGACUGCUGCUCACAUGGAGUGACAAUUUGAAGAGGAAGACUUUUGUAAAUACUGCACAUGUGGAUUUGGGAGCGAGAUUGAUGAUCCGAGACGAUCAAAAAAAGACAUUCCCAGGCCUUAUUCACUUCACACGCACGCUGAUGUUUGUCAACCGUGACUGCAGAGUGUAUGACAUGUACAGCACUGGAACUUUUGGCUCUAAAAAAUGUGAAUCUGCAGGAAAAAGGAGCCCAUCUUCGUUCUGGACCUGUGAUGACACAAACACAGUAUUAGCCGUUUCCUCUGGUCUACACAUAACCACAGCUUCUGCAAUAAACUUAAAACAUUUUGUACAUACACUUUUGGACUACUGCUUCGCAAAAUUUGGGGAAAAAAGAAAGUGAACAGUUUGAAUAUCUCACUUUUUGCAUGUUACCUAAUUAGCAUGCAUGUAACCUGCAGCACUUGUCAUCUCUGUGCUGUUUGAAAGGCCCCUGGUUUCUGGCUGUUAAAGUGCACUUGUUACAUCAUCAGAUUACUCAUCUCUGAUUUAAUGUUUCAGUAGAGAAGUUCAGUCAUCACACUAGCCAUGCACAUGUGUGUCAAAGGUACAAAAGGAGAGAGAACUGUGACCAAAAUCAAGUUAAAGAGGAGUUAAAACUGGUAGAAGCAUACAGGAAUACCUCUGGGAACAGAUUCCGUUUCUAUUUCAGUUAUAGAGGGGAACUGUGUUUAUUUUUUAACCUGGAGCCUUGGUUAAAUUUGAGGGUUUAGCUGCCCUUGUUCAAAGUCUAGCAUACUGCCUCAAGGUCGCCAAAGUCUUCUCUGAAGUCUUUCUGAUGUCCCCUCAGGUCUGGGUUUUUACAUGUUCGACAGGCUUUUGUAGCCAGUUUAAUCCAAAUAAAAGGCGCAGUGCUUCCUGCUGUUAGGUCUGACCAAGGUCAGUUCAUGUUCUUACAACAAACAAGCCACACAAGUCAAAGUACAAGACCUGCUUUUUCAAGCAGUUUUGGUAUGGUUCUUUGAUCCACUCUGGGGUUUAAUUGACACAAACAGACUCAAGUUGGUUUCAGCCGAACCAGACUAGUGAAAGUACCCCAACUAUUAUGUCACACAUUGUUAGAAAGUUAUGAUUCUUGUUAAGGAUGCAUGAUAUUAUCAACAGGUCAGAAUCAACAGAUAUGGAGAUUUCUGUUGAUAUUUACCACCAGCAUAUCAUCUGCAUAAAGCGGUCAUAUGUUCACUGAGUUUGUAGAAUUCUAGGCAGAACUAACAGAACUAUGUCAGCGGAAGUUUAUUCUUUGUUCAUCCUUAAAAUUUAAUGUUUUAUCAACUGACGUUUUAGUUCUGAACUAAAUUUACAUAUUGGAUUUGAUAUCUGUAUAGACUGAAAGGAAUUUAAAAAAAUUGACAUAAGCGUUGUCCUGAUAGAAGAAGUGUAAAGGUUGAUUUUAUGAUGCUAGUUGAAGUUGAACAAAAUCAAUCCAUGUUUGGAUACCAGGGUAACAAAUUUACUAGUUCAGUCAGGACUAAUUUGUGAACAAACACACAUGAUUUGUGGCAAUAAAUAUUUAUUUAUUUGCAGUUAUUAAUUAGCACUUAUGUUGUUCUUUAUAUUUGGUGUUGUGGCUGUUCUGGGAUCCCCUGCCUUUCCUUCAUGGAAAGCAUUAAGCAGGAACAGCAUACAUUCCCGCUCUUUCUGUGCUGAUAAGGACAGCUUAAGGCAAGGAGAGAAGCAGCAAAAAAACCCAGAGCAGAGCAGGCAUCAAUGACAACAGAAUGACAUUGAUUAAGUCAGAAGCAGAAUGAAGGAGGAGCUGGGGUGGAGGAGGGUUGCAAGAGCAGCUUGCAGAAAGAGCGGCAGUGCGUGGCCAGGCAAGAACACCUUAAAUAAGACAGCCUGACUGUGAUCAGCCAAUAGCGUGCUUUGAGCAAAUCAGCUGGCUGUCAGCUGAUGAAGGCUUGCUGAGAUCAGCUGAUCUCAAUUAUGGCAGAGCUUGAUUCUGUGGCCUAACUGAACUUGAGCUAUAUACACGAUUUUUGAUGCCUAAAACUGUUCAAUUUAGUUAUUUGUUAGUGUCUAAUCUGUGUAUUACAAAGAUUAAUUAAACAGAGAGCAUAUACCAACAUUUGUGAAACUGGUUACAUGAUGAAAGGCGAAACAAUUCUCAUUAAUAAACCAGAAGAAGGGGUGAUUCUGAUCUCUGAAAUUUCUACUGUUUCCUUAUUUAGGUCAUUUUAUGGGGGUCAGUGUUUGUGGAGGGCAGUGAUUCUGUCAUCAGUCUGCAGGUUGCAAUGUAGAGAGAAACUUUUAGGGACCAGGAGACAUUGCUGUCUCGCUCCUCUCUACCUGUAACAGACAUAAAUGUUAUCACGUACAUCUUUAUGACAUUUUUACAGGACUUGAUAAAACAUAUCUGUGUAGAGAUGUUGGUGUGUUUCUAACUCCGUUAGAGUGAACCGCUAUAGGAAAAAAUCAGGAAAUAAAACCCCUUCUCUCUCUAUCACUGCUCUGUUUUAAUAGGACGCAGACAUUUGCUCUGAUUUGAACACCCGUUGCUGUUUCUCUGAGACAGACUACAACCAUAAAGAUUUAUGGAUUGUUUCAAAGUAACUUUUUGUUUCUCUUUAUAACUUCAACAUCAAAUUAAUGGAUGAUCAUGUAACUCUGUGUUCUAAUGGCAUAGGUUUGUCAAAAUUCCAGAGCUACAUUUUUUAUAUUUGAACACCUUUUGCAGCAUGCCUGCCUUGCAUUAAGAGCUUUUGAUUUCUGAAGCAAUCAAUUCCCAUCAUGUUUUAUACCUUAAGGUCGCUGACAACACAAAAGGAAAGAUAAGGUCCAGGUUUUAAAAUAGCAGAGGUCCCCUUUAAGUUUAAGGUACCGAGAAGUUUUAAACCGUCUGGUUCCUGUAAAGAGCUCUCUCCUUAAAGUUAUGGGUUCCCUGAUAUGAGGUAAAUCCUCCUUCUGAUCUGGUUUUUAUUUUUAUUUAUAGUUGUAGGUACAGUCAAUCUACUGUUGGGGGACUUUUACCCCUUUUUUCUUUUUGUUAACUUCUAUUUAAGGAAUCAUUCAAAUGAUAUUGAGGUGAACUAUUCCUGAUUUUUCCAGAGGGAACGUUUGGGACUCUCAGUUUUAGAUGUUUUUGUUAAUCCAUUAAGGAUGGGUUUAUUUAAUGACAUGAAUGUACAGACUUCACAUGUGUUUUAAUUUUAUGGACUGGUACUGUUUUUUUUUUUUUUUUCGACACAACUUGUGGUCCUGUUCACAGUAUUCCUGUCUGCACUCAAUCUUACAUUUCCUUACCCUGAACACUUCAAACCUUUAACUCGCCUUGCUUUCUUUAUAUUGGGGUUUUCUCCCUACGAGAGUAAAUCCACACGAGGCUUUCAAAUGACAAAUUUCAAUCAGCUGAUAGAUGUCUGGUAUCACAUGACUGGUCCUAGAAACAGAGGAGAAGGUUUACCCUGCAAACUGUUCACUAUGCAUGUUCGACAGUCUUUGGUUUCAAUCGCUCAUGUAAUAUUCCAACAUGUAUUUAUAUAUUUUAUUUUAUUUGAUCUCUCAUGAUAACUGUACAGAAGGUUGCUUUUUGUUAACUUUCACCUGUGAUAGAUUUGCAACAAUGUAAAGAAAUUGUUUGCUCUAGAAAUAAACAAAGAACUCGU